AUGAGCAGACGCAUGGGCGAUAGGAGGACGGCCCAAGAAAACAGUCCAGACGCCCUAGCAGCGGCUGCCGCAAUUGGUAAUGCGCUCAGCAAUAACGGAAGAACUGUUGAUAAAAGCAAAAUACCUCAAUAUAACCAAAACUUCAUUUCUCGAACAACGUCAAUUGCAGGAAUUAAAAGAUAUACAUUGACUUCGGAUCAUAAGACCAGUUCAAAAGCACCUUCAAUGUGUGCGAACACAAAUCAGUUCUCUAGGCGUACCUCGAGUUUGCCCAAUAGGAAACAUUGUACCACCGCCAACAAUUCGAACAUGAGAAAACAACACAGGAUUCAUGAGGAUGCAGAAACCGCCUUCCGGGAGUUCGGAGGUCAUGAAUCGACAAGGAUUUUGAACGUUCCAAUUACGAACGAUAGAAACAGUAAUCCUAGGACCGCAUCGCUUAGGAACUCAAGUAGCAUAAUAGGGACAACCAAGAAGUAUAUACCAGGUCCCAGGGGACUAGUUGCCGUGGAAGUUCCCGUGCGAGAAGAAUCCCCAAGAUUUAGCUUGAACUCACAUUCACGUAAUCCAGCUAGUAGAACAUAUUCAUUACCUACUGGAAACCCCAACAUGAAUCUAAUGCACAGGAAGAAAACCACUAAAACAGUGGGGCCACAAGAGAGAAAACCUGAACGAGAACUCAAAUCAAAAUCUCAUCGUUCAAUCAAAGCGCCACCUAAAAUGCAUGCCAAGUCAUCAAAGCAAAACCAUAACGAUAGUAUUCCACUAAUUCAAAUAACCAUGAAUGAAGAAACGGAACAGGAACUGAAAGAGGAUCGCGAUGACCCAUUUGAGUUCAAGCCCAUGAUUAUAUCUGACGACGACUCUUUCAUUGAGUCAAAUGCACUUGGUCACCAUGAGGCUGAUAAAAGUUCUAGCACUCUAAGUGGACGUGGGAAGAAAGAACAGAUCGAAAAACUACUUGAAGAUGUUCAUGCUCUAGAAGCAAAAAUAUCAAAUAUCGAAAUGGCGAAAUCAAACGAAGAAGAACGAGAACAGAAGCUAAUCCUAGAAUUACAAACAGUUAAACUAAAUGAAGAACGGAGAGUAGAGAUAUUGGAAAGGGAACUGAGUAUAGCCAAGGAAAAUGCCGACCUUGAAGCAGAAGAACUGAAGCUAAUAGAGCUGAAAAGACAAGAGCAGCUUCGUAAGGAAAAGGAAACCAAAACCAAAACUGAACUGGUCGAUGUUCAACUGCUAACUGUAACUGAAUCUGGGUCCGAAAAAUCACCUUCAAAAGAUGCACAAAAUGAGCCACCGAAUACUCAAAAUAAAGAUGAAGUUAUUGACGAGAGUAAUCAUUCACUACUUGAAACUGUCGACAAAACCCUGGCAAACCCUAUUCUCCCUGGAUCGUUUGACAAAUCUGCCUUACAUGUUAAUUCAACCAGUGAAUCUGAAGUUGAUUUAGAUUCUGAUAGUCCCGCUGGAAGCCAAUUAUCUGAUUAUAACUACAUAGAGGGAUCUACAAUUGACCUGCGUGCCACCGCAAAGACAAGUGUGGAGUCCGAGAUCGACACAAAUCAAACCGAACUGAAAUUUCCACAAGGCGAGGAUUUUGGCAAUACAAAGAACCACAUUUCAGGCCCAGGCAACGAUUUUUUUUCAGACGAAAACAAAAAAGAUUUUGGUCAGGAAGACUUACAUUUGAAUGAUGCUGACCCAGAGAGCUUUGAAACAUCUUUUGACACUUCUAAGAUCCGUAGCAUCAUAGCGGAGAAUGAGAGUGAUGUUAUUGAAGACGAGCACGGAAAUGACGACGAUGAUGAUGACGAUGACGACGACGAAGAAUUUCAUGAUUCUUAUGACGUAAUAGUUCACGAACCCAUUCAGGUAAAGCAAACAAUAACUAAUGUUCCUCACUUAAAGUAUCCGUUGCAGCACCUGAAUGAAGUGGAAAUCGACAAGAACAUUGGACAAAGUUAUGAUGCUGUAGAGGUCAACCAAUCCGAAGCGAACAUGGCCAAAUACUUACGUAAUGAUAAUAGUUAUCCCCCCAGCAUGAGUUCAGGAACUCUUGAGUUGGAUUCACAAAACGGGAACUCAAGGUCCUCUACUGAAACCACAAGGAUUUUUCCUAGUAUCUGGAAGGACUUACCACAGCCAGCAUUCAAAUCCGCUCUGAAGAAAACACUAGCUACUCCAUUGAGUACAUCUUCCUCCGUAUACUCAAUAGGCACACCUCCAAAUAGUAACGUUCAUAUAGCACACACGACAACCUCCAAUAUCAAAAUUAACGGCCAGAAUCCGCCAACUCAUGACUUGGAACAGAAACAUAGCCCACCCAAUCAGCCUGUUUUAAGGGAAAUUCCUGCGAUGUCACCAAGACGUUUGGAAGAUAAAAGGAAAAACCCUAACCAUUUGGGCUUUAGGACUUUACGUGGUGGUUCCAGCGAGGCUCCUCUUUCCCAAAAGAUACCCGAGUCAUCUUCUAAUCCACCUUUAUCCCCAUCUUACCGCACCACAAAGUCGUGGGUAACUACUUCAACUUCUGCAGCUCCUGUUUCAAAAGAAGCUUCUAAAACUCAUUCGACCGUUUCUCCAACAAUCAAAAAUUCAAAUAAAAUAGCCAACCAGCCCCCCUCGAACAUCGAUGAACAUAACAGUAUUCUUUACCCCAAAGAACCUCUAACCAAGAAGUCUAGUUUCGAAAAAGAAAGACCUAUGAAGGAUAAUCUGGGAUUCAAAAGUAUGUCUUUAAGAGGGCCACUUGUGACGAAGAAUUCUCCGGUUAUGAGAGCAGGAAGUUUUGAAGCGGAGGACAGGCAUGAACAGAGGAACCAUGUCUCUAGGAAAUCAUGGAAUUUUAGCUUGUCUUCUCCACUAAAAACAAAGAUGAACCAUUCUGCUCAUCCCUCGAACGAAAUAGAGAAAAUAGAUCACCCAAUGAGCGACUUCAAGAAUAAGUUUAAUGCAAAUGGAGAAAAAUCAUCAGUGAACAAGAGGGACAGUGACCGCCAAAAUUCAUCUUUAUACAUAGGAUCUUCGACGACCAAUAACGAGAAUGCAAGCGAAGUGGGAACUGAGGGCYACCGGUUUUCAUUAUUUAGAAACAGAAGCCAAACAUCGAAUAGGAAUAUGCCAGCUGGAACAACCAGUCUGAAUCCAGCGUACUCUGAGGUAUCUGGAGCUCUACCCUUAAGCGUUCCGGUAACCGUUAUCGAAAAGAAUGGAGAGAUACACAAGCUAUAUAAUGACGAUGCUGCUAAGAAAGAUAAGUCUCAUAAUCAUCACAGUAGUCAUAAUAAGUUUAGUAAGAAGCUUAGGAAAAUUUUCGGUAGAAAGUAA